AUGAUUCCAGAAUAAACAAAAAGAGUUGUACAAUAUAAGGAUUCUAAAACAACAAUUGGAAUGAAGGUGACUUCAAGCAAUGAGACAUUGUUGAGAUGCCUUUCAUAUGAUAAAAAUAUUCUCUUUGAACCUUACAUGGUUAAUGAAAUCAAAUUGUUGUCCCCAUCUAUCAAUUCAGGAUAUACUGAUGAGUCCUUGAAAAUAAAUAGAACAGCAAAUGUGAAUGACCCUGACUUUAUUAUGAAGAAUCCUGUUUUAGUUGGAUUAGCCAAUACAACAUCUCAAGGAUUUAUGGUUUUAACUAGCAAUCAUUUACUACAUUUAUUUUAACUUGAUUAUUCCCAACUCUCUAAUAAAUUUGCAAUCAAAUCAAAUCAAACAUUCAAUUUUAGUGAUUUGAGACAAACCUAAUAUGAACCAGUUUCACCACAACUAAUUUGGUUUGAUCAGAAAUCCUGUGCUCUAAUAGUAUUUCCAUAAUAAAUUAUCAUUGGAAAAUUGGUCGAUGGCCAAUUCUCAUUCAAGAAUAGCAACAUCUCUAUAUCAAAUGAAGAGGAAUACAUUGGAAUUACCAAACUUCAUAAAGGAUUUGUUUUUGUUGCAAGAGGACGACUAGGAAUCGAUAUCUAUUCCCUCCAUGAUUAAGGACAACUAAUUUUUAUUUCAAAUCUCCAUAAUCAAAUAUCUAAUUAUAUACAAAAUAUGUAUAUCAUAGAUUUCUCUUUUGGGGGAUUCGAUAAUAACUACAUCUUCGUUCUAGAUAAAUUUUAAGGAUUAAUGAUAUUUUCAAUUUCAGAUCAAACCUUCACACUUACUAAAUGGCUAGAUUCCCUAUAAGAAAUCAAAGGAGCAAAACUAAUUAAAACACACAGAAAUGUAGUUAUGAUAAUGGUGGAACACAACUCGUAUAAUCUUAUAUUAGAAUAUUGCAUCUAUUCAUAAGAUUAGAAGCUGUUUUAUAUAAAAACACAUUAUCUAGAUGGGAAAUACUUUGACAUCGAUAUUGAAGAGCAAUUUGCCAUCGUCAGAGGCUACGAUGGACAUAAAAUAAUCUACCACUCAAUACAUGAAGGAUUUCAAGUAAAUUACAAUUCACCUAUUACUGAUGAAUCUUGGGAGGAUGGAACAGAAUUUCAAGAAGAUAUCGAUUAGUAUGCCAUCAUUCCUUAAAUGCAAUCCUUCUAUUUGACUUAGCAUUUACAAUAGAACUUUUUGGUAGCCAUUUCGUUUAGAAGUCUUAUAUUCGUCCGAUUUAUUAGGGUAGAACCAUAUGUAGAAUGCAAAUUGACUAAUUUAUCAACUAAAAAUAGUCAAAUAACAGUAAAUGCUGUGUUGAACUCAACCUGGUGCAAAGAAAAAUUUUAAUAACAAUUAGUAUAUAAUUAAUCGUUCUAUUCCGAUUUGGUGAUGUGUAAAAAAGAGUUGAACUUUUCUAUUAAAGUUAUCAAUACUUUAGAAGAGGAAUAAAACAAUUAUUAUUACAUCGUUAUAAUAGUGAUUACAUCUUUAAUUUUGUUAUGCUUAUUAUUGGUUGCAUUAAGGAUAUUCUUUACCAAAUAUAGAUAGGAUCAAUAAAAUCUUGUGAGUGUUAUCGAUUAAUUAGGAAAGAGAGGAUAUACUGCAGAAAAAUCAUAAGAUUAGAUAUCAGGUUUUUGA